CCUCCCCUCCCCCCCACCCUCGGCACACCAUCCAUCCUCACUCCGCACGGGCCCAGCCCAAAUACUCUCCCGACCAUUCCGUCUCGACACAAACCCUAACCCUAGCCCCCCACCCCCUCGCCGCCGCCCCAAUCCGCGCCGCGCCGGCGGCCGCUCCCCUCCGAGGUACAGCGCGGCCUUGGUCCGGAGAUAGGCGCGUUCCGCCAUGGAUGGGCUCGGGAACUCUGCGCUGAACGCCUCAGAAGCGGUGAUGAAGAGGCCCAGGAGCGUGGCGUCCAGGAGACCGAGGCCCAAGGAGCAGCUUGCUUCUGAGUACAAGGACAUAUCCUGCGCGCCUUCGCGGAGCAUUUCCCCAGAAGACGAGGCUGCUGCCGAGGCCAGCGGGCACCGGCGCAAGGAGCUGUACCUCAAUGGGUCUGAAGGUAGGGGCUCCACCCACCAUAGGAAUGCCCUGUCCAAGAAGAUAAAGAAAGAGGAGGGAUCUGCAGGCGAUAAUGAUAUUGUCCACAAUCGGAGCAGCAAGCCCAACGAUGCCAAGCAUAUUACUCAUGGUGUUCUUGCACUGGCCUCCUCAAGAAACUCUGGAUCGACUGAUGCCUCGCAGUUGUCCUCAAGGGACACCCCUGUGCCAGUGGAAAAUAGGGUGAGAAAAGUUAAGCUCAAGGUCAGCGGACUUAACCGAAUCAUACCGAAACAAGAGCCUGUUGACGUUGGCAUGCCUGGCACAUCGGAUGUCUCUUUCCAUCGCCAAAAGCAGAAGGAUUCUGGUGAGCAGAAACAUCACAGCACAAGAAAGGAUAGUCAUGGUAAUCACGUUGAUGGAAAACGUGGAGAUAAGCAUGACAUUUCACCAUCUUCUGACCUGGUUCGCAAAAGCAAAAGGGUCCCUAAGAAGCGAACUCUUGAUUCUGAUGAUGAAGACCGUGAGUUACGUUAUCUUGAGAAACUUAAAGUGGCUAAAGCUGCACCAGAACAGCCCAUGGCUACUGACCAGCCUCUAGCUUAUGGUUAUGGUGAGGAUGGUCUCAGGAAAAAGAAGCUAUCCAAGGUUUCUAAAAAUAAGAGCACUCCUUAUGAAGUGGACAACGACUUCACCAUGUCACAAUUUAGCAGAGAUGUUCGGAAGAAGGUGAAACUGGAGGAUACCAGUGAUUUUAUUGUAGAGGAGGAAUUUGGGUUGGACGAGUCUGAUAGAUUAAUUGAAGCUGAUUCACCAUCGGGUGUAAAGAUUGAAGCUCCUGGCCUAACAACAAGGCAGCGAGCCCUCCAAGGCAGGGGUGGCCAUGGUGAAAGCAUGAUUGAAUUUCCCGACGGGUUACCAGCUGCUCCAUCAUCUAGAAGGCAAAAGGAUAAGCUUUCAGACGUGGAGAUACAGGCCAAAAAAGCAGAAGUGGCUCAGAGGCGUAAGAUGCAAGUAGAGAAGGCAGAGAGAGAGCAACAGGCUGAAGCAAUGAGGAAAAUAUUGGGGAUUGACACCGAGAAGAAGAAGGAAGAGAGGAAGCAGAAAGAACGUGAAGACAAGGAAAAGCAAGCAAAAUUCGAGGAAUAUAAAAGAAGCUGCAUCCAGUGCGUAAUGCGACCAGAAGGAACAGUUAUUACAUUCCCUGAUACCAUGGGCCUUCCUAGCAUAUUUAACUCCAAACCUAUCAGCUACCCACCUCCAAGGGAGAAGUGCGCAGGCCCCUCGUGCCCAAACCCUUACAAGUACCGUGACUCCAAGACAAAGCUCCCGCUCUGCAGCCUGGAGUGCUACAAGGCCGUCCAGGGAGGCGCUGGGACGAUGGCGUGCUGAUUCUACAGAGUCGAUGGUGCAAGUAACGCGCAACCGCGGGCGGACAUGGAGGAGCUGGAGAACUGCAUCUCACCCAAUGCCCUGCCUGUUUUGCCGUUUUUGCGUUGCCUUUGCUAGUCUGAGGAUUGAAAACUGAGCGAUGACAGAUGAUGUUGAGGUGCCUGCUGCUGGUUUCCUUUGUUGGUCCUCGUGGAUGUAUGUAUGUAGUAGCUGGGCCGUGCAAAAGAGUCUGGUUUAUGUGUGUGGCAAGUGGAGGAUUAGUUGUGAAUUGUGUACAGUGAUGGUCGGGCUUGACGCUAAGGCGUUGGCCAUGAUGGUAUGAGUUGAGUUAACUCGUUAUCCAUCAUUGUUUCUCGUUGUA